AUGGCUAAGGCAAAUCAGUCCUCGACAACUGAGUUCAUCCUCAUAGGAUUCACAGAUCAUCCGGAGCUGAAGGUCCUCCUGUUUGUCGUGUUCUUUGUCAUCUAUCUGGUCACCAUGGUAGGGAAUCUUGGUUUGGUGGCAUUGAUUUACAUGGAACGCCGUCUUCACACACCAAUGUACAUCUUUCUGGGAAAUCUGGCUCUCAUGGAUUCCUGCUGCUCUUCUGCCAUUACUCCAAAGAUACUAAAAGACCUUUUUUCAGAGGACAAAAUGAUAUCCCUCUAUGAAUGUAUGGUUCAGUUUUAUUUUCUCUGUGUUGCCGAAACUGCCGACUGCUUUCUUCUGGCAGCAAUGGCCUAUGACCGCUAUGUGGCCAUUUGUAGCCCACUACAGUACCACACCAGGAUGUCCAAGAAACUCUGCAUUCAGAUGAGUGUGGCGUCCUUCAUAACCAGUAACUUGCAUUCUAUGAUUCAUGUAGGGUUUCUAUUACGGUUAACUUUCUGUAAAUCAAAUCAAAUCGAUCACUUUUUUUGUGAUAUUCUUCCACUCUUUAGACUUUCCUGUACUGACCCCUAUAUUAACGAACUAAUGAUAUAUAUUUUUUCAAUGCCAAUUCAAGUCUUUACCAUUGCCACUGUCUUGGUCUCUUACCUCUGCAUUCUUUAUACAAUUUUCAAAAUGACAUCCAAGGAUGGAAGAGGAAAAGCAUUCUCCACAUGUGCAUCCCACUUUUUUUCUGUCUCAAUAUUCUAUAUUUGUCUUCUUAUGUAUAUACGACCUUUUGAAGAAGGGGAUAAAGAUAUACCAGUGGCAAUAUUUUAUACCAUAAUAAUUCCAUUAUUGAACCCUUUUAUUUAUAGUCUGAGAAAUAAAGAGGUGAUAGAUGUUCUUAAGAAAACUAUGAAAACUUACAAUAUUCUUAAAAUAACUUAUACAGAAAAUUGA